AUGUGCGUCCCGCCGGCCGGGGCGCCGCUCAUCGGCCGCCUCGGCGGCGGCGGGAAAGGCGCGGUCGGCGACGCGGUCUACCUCCACGACGCCGUCGCCGUCAGGAACGAGUUCCUGUUCCGCCCGCCCGCGCGCGUCGCGCGGUUCAUCGUGUCGCGCCUCGCGGACGAGCGCGACGCGCCGAUCGCGUUUCUGUUCUUCGACAUCGUCGUCACGAUGGUCCCCGCGUUCGUCGCGCUCUUCGCGAUCGCGCCGCCGUCGCACCUCCUCGGCGCCGCGUACGUCGCGACGUUCGACGCGCUGUAUCUCCAGCGGUUCAUCCUCGCGAUGCACUACAGCACGCAUCGACGGCUUCUGAAGAGACGAGACGGGCUCGUCGCCGCGUUCUUCAAUCGCGUCAACAUCCUCCUCCUCGCGCCGUUGUUCGGCGUCCCGUGCGGGGUGUACUGGCUGCACCACAUCGUCAUGCACCACGUGGACUCGAACGAGAUCCGCAAAGACUUGUCGUCCACGGAAGGGUACCGACGCGACAGCGUGACGCACUGGCUGCUGUAUUGGAUCCGGUUCACGGUGGGGAGUUGGGUCGAGCUCCCGUGGUACGCGUUCGCGCGGCGACGGUACGCGUUGUGUGCGGGGGUGAUCGCCGGGUUAACGGCCAGCGUGUGUGCGUUUCUGAGGUUAUAUAUGGUGAAUCCCACCGCCGCGAUUUGGACGCUGGCGGUGCCGUACGUAGUGUCAUCCGUGGCGAUGAUGUUAGGGAACUGGAGCCAGCACGCGUUCGUCAAAGUCGACGACGACGGCGGCCGCGACGACUACCGGUCCUCCGUCACGGUCUUGAACCACCCGGAUCAGCAGAGGACGUUCAACGACGGGUUCCACGCGCUGCAUCACGUCAACUCGCGGUUGCACUGGAGCGAGUUCCCGGGCGCGUUCGUGGAGAAACUCGCGGAGCACGGCGCGAACGACGCGGUAGUGUUCUCCGGCGUGCACUUCAUGGACGUCGGCGUGAACUUAUUCCUCGGGAGAUACGGCCACCUCGCGGACAGGUACGUGAACGUCGGGCAGCCGAAGCGCACGCGGGAGGAGUUGAUCGCGAUGUUGAAAGAGCGCGUCCAGCCGGUCAAGGUCAAGACGAAGACGUCGUAG